AUGGAAGAACAGUUGAAUUCGCUUUUAGAAUUUUUGCACGAUGGUAAUCCAAAUGUUCGCCAACUUGCUCUCAACCAUUUGUUAGGUUAUACUGUUAAAUCAUCACAAUUACAAAAUAUUUUCAAACAAAACAAUAUGAGACCAAUAAGUGAUUUAAAAAAUAUAUGUAGAGAAGAUCCGGUAGUCGCACACGAUGCAUUUAAAGCUUUAGUGAAUUUAACUAGUGAUGAUGAAAUAUGCAAAGAACUCAAUGAUGACAAUUUUUUACAUCAUAUGAUAAAGAUGAUUACAAAUAGUGGGAUUAUUCUUGCUGAUAUUGCAUGCAUGCUUUUUUCAACGAAAGCGAUAGAUCAACUAGUUGAUGUAUUUGUCAAAGGCUUGAAUAGGGCCUAUAAUAAAGAAGCUGAAUUUCACUUUUUAGCAAGCGUGUUUACAAAUGUGACAAUGUUACCUCAAGGUCGUGAAUAUUUUUUGAUCACAGCAUCGUAUGAAGAUGUGAUCCCACUAUCAAAGCUGAUAGUAUUUACCGAACACCCUAAUAUCAUUCGUAGGGGUGGUGUUAUCUCAUGUUUAAAAAAUUGUUGUUUUGCAACAGAGCACCAUUCAGACAUGUUGUCGCCAUCUAAGGUUAAUAUUCUUCCUUAUAUUCUUUUACCCUUAUGUGGUCCUGAAGAGUUUGAUUUAGACGAUAUGGAAGGAAUGCCAGAAGAUAUUCAAUUUCUGCCGUCUGACAAGAAACGUGAACCUGAUGCACACCUUAGACAAACUCUUUUGGAAACAAUUGUACUUUUAACAACAACUCGACAGGGUCGUAUGAUACUUCGUCAAAAAAAAGUUUAUCCUGUUAUUCGUCAGAUGCAUCUUGUUGAGUCAGAUGAGAAAGUUUCAACUGUAGUUGACCAAAUUGUAAAUAUGUUGAUGAGAGAUGAGGCACCUGAAGAAGAUAAUAUUCUAGAAAAAAUACGGAGUUCUAGAAAAAGAAGCUGGGUAUGGGACCAUUUCAAGGACUUACCUACUAAACAUGGAUCUAAAGGCCAAUGCAAUGUGUUAAAAAAUGAUGGCACUAAAUGUAAUCAUAUUAUUGAAACUGAUGGCGGUACAGGAAAUUUUAGUUAUCAUCUUAAUAUUACACAUGGUGUUACGAAAUUUGGAAAAUUAAUAUUAGAUAACUCCCAAGUGUCAAUUAAUGAAAUGCUUCAUCAACAAUUCAAGGAUAAUGUUGAAUAUAAAGAGGAAGUUGACAACAUAGUAGCAGAAUUUCUUAUAUCUGAUUCGCAAGCAUUUUCUGUUUUAGAAAAUCCAGCAUUCAAGAAACUUUUAAAAAAAUUUAAUCCAUAUUAUGAAACACCUUGUGACAAAGUAUGCAAUAAUAUUAACAACAAUCAUGAAUAUCUUAAAGUUAUAAUAGAUGUUGCAACAAGAUGGGAUUCUACAUAUAUAGCAUGGCAAUUAAUGAAAGAUUUGAUUAAAAUUUUACAACCUUUUGCUGAUGCUACAAAGUUGCUUGGGGGAAGCAAAUACACUACAAUGUCAUAUAUGUAUCCUGCUAUAUCAUCUCUCAAAAAAUUGCUUAAGAUUACAUAUAACACUCAAAUUGAUAUAAAUCUUGAUGAUACAAAUACGGUUUUUGAUGAUGAUCAAGAGUUUCAAGAAGAAAUUGAUCUCAUAGAUGAACCUGAACUAAAAUUAAUCAAACUUCCACAAAUCUGUAAUGGUAUGAUUGAAAAUGUAAAAAUUGCAUUAUUUAAUGCUUUAAAUUACUAUUGGGAAUAUCCAAUUCGUGAAGCACUUCUUGCAACACUCCUUGAUCCUAGAAAUAAAAAAUUGGAAUUUGCAACUUAUUCUCAAAGACUUGAGGCUGAAGCAUAUUUAGUAGCUGAAUAUGAAGUAUUUAAAGAACAAGAAUUAGUACCAACAAAUUCAGUACAAAUAGAUAUCCUUGAAGAGGAAGAAAAUGUCUUUCAAGUAUUUGAUGUUUAA